AUGAGCAUCUCGGUGAACGGGCAGUCGGUGGUGCCGCCGGGGUUCCGGUUCCACCCGACGGAGGAGGAGCUGCUGACCUACUACCUGAAGAAGAAGGUGGCGUCGGAGCGCAUCGACCUGGACGUCAUCCGCGACGUCGACCUCAACAAGCUCGAGCCAUGGGACAUCCAAGAGAAGUGCCGCAUCGGUUCUGGCCCCCAGAACGACUGGUACUUCUUCAGCCACAAGGACAAGAAGUACCCGACGGGGACGCGCACGAACCGCGCCACCGCCGCCGGGUUCUGGAAGGCCACCGGCCGCGACAAGGCCAUCUACGCCUCGGGCGCCCGCCGCAUCGGCAUGCGCAAGACGCUCGUCUUCUACAAGGGCCGCGCCCCGCACGGCCAGAAGUCCGACUGGAUCAUGCACGAGUACCGCCUCGAGGCGGCUCUCGACGCCGACGCUGCCGGUAGUGCCGCGCACCACCCGGCCACCGCCGCCGCCGAUCAUCCCUACUACACCUCGUCGCUGCCGCCUGCUCUUCCUACCGCAAUCCGUGGCGCAGCGGGAGACCAAGCAACGCAGGAGCAGGAGGGGUGGGUGAUCUGCAGAGUUUUCAAGAAGAAGAACCUCGUGCACCACGGCCAGAGCAGCGGUGCCGCCAGCGUGACAGCAGCAGGAUCCAAAAUGGCGGCAGCGGCGGCGCCCAUGGAGAGCAGCCCGAGCCACUGCUCGUCGGUAACCGUCAGCGACUACUCCAACAAGCAGCAGGCGCAGGCGAUGCUGCAGCACUCCGCCAGCGACGACGCGCUCGACCACAUCCUGCAGUACAUGGGCGGCGGCAGCAAGCAGCCGGACACCAAGCCGGCGCUGCUGGACCAUCAUCACCACCACCACGUUGCUGCAGCAGCUGCUACGACGACCGCCGCUUGUCCUGCCCCCGCCGGCGGCCUCUACGGGAAGUUCAUGAAGCUCCCGCCCCUCGAGCACGCCGGCGGCGGCGGGCUGCUCCCGAGCCCGCCGGGGGCGUGCGAGUACGGAGCCGCCGCCGAUGCCUCGGGGAUCGCCGACUGGGACGCGCUGGACCGGCUCGCCGCGUACGAGCUCAACGGCCUCUUCGACGCGUCCAAGAACAUGGCCGCCUUCUUCGACGUCGAGCCCAGCGCCGCCGCCGCCGCCACCUUCUCCUCCUCCUCGUCCGCGCACGCUUCCGCCGCCGUCGACGGCGACCUGUGGAGCCUGGCGAGGUCGGUGUCGGCGUUGCACGAGGACUUGACGAUGAACAACUUCUAG